AUGGCGGCCAACUUUUUAAUCUCUCUCAUCCUAUUUUCCCUCCUCUCUUUCUCCUCUUUCUCUCUGUCCGACAAUUCCAUCUCCAAAGCCGUCGAAAUUGUCUCGAAUUCCGGCUUUGUUUCGCUGGCUCUCACGCUCGAAUUCGGCUCCAAGAACUUGAUCCCUCACUCUGAAUACCUCACCAUUUUCACUCCCUCCAACUCUUCUUUUUCUUCAUCCGGCCAGCGGUCUCUUUCCCUUCUGAAAUUCCACUUUUCUCCCCAAUCUCUGACCCCCCAGUUCCUCAAAUCCCUCCCUUUCAACUCCAAGAUUCCAACCUUAUCCCCUCCCCACACUCUCCUCGUCACUUCACCGCCUUCUCGUUGUGACCAAGACACUAUUUCGCUUAACGGCGUCAAGGUUAACGUCGGCUCAAUGAUAUACGACGACGGGUGGUUGAGAAUUUUCGGGAUUGAGAAGUUCUUUGAUCCAAACUUCGGUGCCUCUCCAAGGCCUAAUCUUGAUUGUGUAGCAUCUCCACGUGACGACGACGAGGAGGAAGAUGAUGAUGAUGGCUCGAUGAGUUUUGAUGCAGCAAUUGAGGAAAUGAAAGACAAAGGGUACUCAAUUAUGGCGUCAUUUCUUGAAAUGCAAUUGGGGAUGAUAAAGGAGCCAGCUUUGCUGACUGUGUUCGCUCCUCCGGAUGAGAAAAUGGAGGGUUAUUUCAGAAAUUUCACCGAUUACUCGGUGGUCUUUCUCCGUCAUGUGGUGCCGUGCCUGAUGCCGUGGCCGGUUCUGAUUCGUCUAGACUAUCCAACGACAGUGCCCACAUUCUUAGAAGGGUAUAAAAUUACUGUCUCAUUGAGGCAGGAUAAGGAGGCCUUGUUAGUCAAUAAAGUUGUUAUUGUUGAAGAUGUGUAUGCCGAUGACUGGCUUGCCGUUUUGGGGAUCGGUGAUGUUUUGCCGGCGAUGCCAGCGCCGGAGCCAAAACCGUCGUCUCAGAGAAGAAGAUCAGUCGUGAAUGCUGCAGUCUUGAAGGCUUUGGUGGGUUUCUCUUUUCUGGUUAUGUUUGAACUGAGUCUUGAUUUGUCUAUAUUUUCUUAG